AAUGAAAAUGGAAAUCUGUCCCCAUAUCACAGUCGAUCUUCGUCUUUCUGUGAAAUAUCGUGGCCCAUCGCACUUUCUUAAGUCGGAAGACGGAGGUUAGUGCGAUGGUUAAGUCACUAAAAUUUAACUAAAUGUCUGAAUGGCCAUAUCGAAGGAGUGUGAGGCGAGGUUGGGCGGUUUUUGAUGAGGCAUUUGGCGGGAUUGUGGGUCGAGAUUGGCAACGCUGCUUGAGGCCCCAGACGCGGGAGUGGUUCGGAGGAGGGUCGACCGCUUUUGUUUAGUAAUGUUUACCUCAGUGUGUGGUUGGACUGUGCGCAGUGAGGAGUUGCUCCGCGUUCGGUAUGCUGGAUAUGUGAGUGCUUGGUGUGAUUUACAGUAAAGCUCAAUGAUGUCCGUGAUGGUGCGCCGCCGGUAAGGGACGAGGCACAGGGCUUCGCCAUGAGUGUAUUUACUGAGUUCCACAAGGCGUGGCGUGCCAGGUUCCCUGGGAAUGAUCUGCCGGCGGCAUGGGAGGAGGACGUUCGCGCCAACCUGGCGAAGCAUCGCUCGCGGGUUGCCGUACUGAAGGAGGAGCUGGAGAAGGAGCAGUUUUAUGUGGAAUACCUUGAGUGCCUCUUAAACGAUGUCCAGCGUCAGCACAUGCACGGCGGCGGCCCCGAGGAGCUAGAGCGGGGUGAGGCCCAGGGGGAGGAGCGGGGCCAGGGCGAGGGCAGCGAGGGAGCCCCCGCCCCAGUGUCUACUACGGGGGUUGACUCCCCCGUGACGGAGGCCAUCAACACCAUGAUGGUGCAGCGCCAGCAUCAGCCCCCGCGGGAGCCCGCCCCCUUGCCCGGCUCGCCUGAGGGAUCCACGCCGCCGCAGGAGAGUCAGGCCGAACCCAAGGCGGAGGGCAUCCAAUCAUCACCUCUGUCCGAAGAAGAGGAGUCCCCGCUGGCCCCCAUCACGCCCUUGGCCGCCCCUCCGCCUGCAGGGGGCAGCUCGGUGCGAGACCUUGCACGCCGCUUCACUGCCUCGGGGGGGACCAGGCCCAGCGCAGCGGGGCGUCCUCCGACGUACAACCGCUCCACCUCGGUACCUGGUGCCAAUGCAUCCAAGGAGUCGCAGUUUGUCACCGUCAUCACCGUCAACGGUGCCGGUCAGGGCGAGGACGCGCGGGGCCGGAAGGUGCCUCCUGCCCCGCCCCCCAAAACGUUCCGCAGGUCUACAGGGGCGGAGGGCGAGGCCGAGGGCAAGGCCUCCGCAUCUCCCUCCUCCCCCGUGUCAUCACGGCCCCCUCAUGCCAUCCCACGCUCCCCCCAGAGGCCGCGUCACCCUUCCCCCGUCAGGGACUCCACCAUCUCCGCACCAACAAAGGCGCCGCUGCAGAAGACUCUGUCUGCCUCCAGUGACAGCCGCCCCUCCACGCGAGACGGCCAGAAAGGCUCCCAGGCCGGUCACGAGCUCCAGAAGUCUCCCUCAAACCCGAAGGAACUUCAGAAAUCUCCCUCGAGUGCCUCUUCCUCGACGGGAAGCCUGGGCAAAAAGAGCGUGUCCAAGUCGUCCUCCAGCGCCUCCUCAUGCGGAGGUAGCGGAGGAGCACCCUCCCGCCGCAUGGGGCUGAGGAAGACGUCCUCGCUGUCAUCCUCGAGGUGCGGUGAAGAUGAGGACGAGGUGGGCGGCGGCUCGGCAUCUGGGGCGUCUCUGGAGAAUUUGACAGAUGAUGAGCCGCUGUACGACACCGUGGCACCUGACGAAGAGGAGGACAACGGAGAGUAUGUGUUGCUGUCCGACAAAAGCUCUGAAUACAAUGGCACAGACACCCUCAAGUCGGCGGCGUCGGGCGCCUCGAGCGAGGGCGGCCUCAGCAAGUCUGGCGGCGGGGCGUCCUCGGGAGCCACGCCCUCAGGGGGGUCGCCUGCCCCCGAGCACCCGCCAGACUCUCCUAAAUACUCCAACUACGUGAACAUCGACUUCUUCCUUAAGAAAAAGAAGGCCAGGGCGCGCCACAUGCAACGUUGUGAGAGCGUGGAGUCGGACGAGGAGGAGGGCGGCCCGUCCCUCCUCCACUCCCUCUCCUCCGACCACGAGGAUGAGCCCGAUACCCGCGAGGAGCCGCUGGACAUUGACUCAGGUAAGGGGUGAGGACAGGUGUGGAAAGAGAGGUAGAUAGAUAGAUUGUGAUAGAAAUUGAGGGUAACCUAACCUAACUUAACCUAAACGAAUCUAACCAAAUCACGAGGAAAUGAGUGGAAAGUUAAAAGAAGAAAAGAGGAGAGGGUGAAAAAUUGAAUUGGGGAGAGGAAAGAAGGAAAGGUAAGGAGAGAGGUUGGGGGAGGAAGCAAGGGAAGGGGGUGUUUGGAGAGUAACCUUACCUAACCGUGAGGAAGAGAAUGGAGAGGUAAGAGAUCGAAGAAAAUAAAGAGAGAAGAAAGAAGGAAAUAUAUUGAGUGGAUGGGAUGGCAGGAAGGGAGGGAGGUGAGGUGCUUGGAGAGAGUAACCUAACCUAACCUAAUCGUGAGGAAGAGAAUGGAGAGGUAAGAUAUCGAAGGAAAUAAAGAGAGAAGAAAGAAGGAAAUAUAUUGAGUGGAUGGGAUGGCAGGAAGAGAGGAAAGUGGGGUGCUUGGAGAGAGUAACCUAACCUAACCUAACCUAACCUAACCGUGAGGAAGAGAAUGGAGAGGUAAGAUAUCGAAGGAAAUAAAGAGAGAAGAAAGAAGGAAAUAUAUUGAGUGGAUGGGAUGGCAGGAAGAGAGGAAAGUGGGGUGCUUGGAGAGAGUAACCUAACCUAACCUAAUCGUGAGGAAGAGAAUGGAGAGGUAAGAUAUC